CUAAACCUAAAUGAUGGAAGCUGGAGGACAAAGAAGAGCAAUGCUGGCCUGGUGGGUCGCUCUCGGAUUUUCUGUAAUGCUGAACUGUGUGGUCCCUGUUUCAUCCCAGGUAAAAUACUCAAUUCCCGAGGAAGCUAAAGUGGGAUUGGUGGUUGGGAAUAUCGCCAGAGAUUUGGGAUUGGAUAUAUCAUCGCUGAACGAAAGACAAUUUCGAAUAGUCUCGGGAACCGAAGAUGCUCACUUUAACGUGAAUCAGAACAAUGGGCUGCUGUACGUGAACGGGAAUAUCGACCGAGAGAAGCUAUGUGAACAUAUUUCUCCAUGUUUAAUGAACCUGAAAAUGGUUGCUGAGAAUCCAAUGGAAAUACAUUAUGUGGCAGUUGAAAUCGUCGAUGUGAAUGACAAUUCACCUAGUUUUCAAGAGGAAGAAAAAAUAAUUGAAAUUUCGGAAUCCACUCCUCCCAACAAACGUUUCCAGUUGCCAAGUGCACGAGAUACAGAUGUUCUGACGAACACAGUGCGAGUGUAUAAAAUUAACCAAAAUGAUUAUUUCACGAUACAGAUUCGAGAAAGAGGAGAGGACAAAAUACCAUUCUUGGUGUUACAAAAAUCCCUGGAUCGGGAAAAACAACAUGAGAUCAGACUAAUUUUAACAGCAGUUGACGGUGGGAAUCCAUCAAGAUCUGGGACUCUAAAUGUCACUGUAAUAGUGCUCGAUUCAAAUGAUAAUCACCCUAUAUUUAGUCAAGAAGUUUAUUCAGUAACAAUACCAGAGAAUGUAGAUCUGGAUACAAGUGUGAUUACAGUAAGCGCUAACGACCGAGAUGAAGGUUCAAAUGGAGAAGUUGAAUAUUUUUUUGGCAGUGAACUUGAUCCGACACUAUACAAUGUGUUCUUUAUUAAUAAAAACACAGGGGAAAUUCGAAUAAAGGGAGAAAUAGACUUUGAAAAGACAGACACUUAUAAGUUAGAUGUCCAUGCCACUGACAAAGGGCAGCCUCCCAUGAGUACUGACUGCAGGGUGAUUAUAAAAGUACUUGAUGCAAACGAUAAUAAACCAAAAAUAGAAGUGACUUCUCUGUCAAAGACAGUGACAGAAAGUUCAAAGCUUGGGACUGUCGUUUCUUUAAUAAGUAUUACAGACCAAGACGCCGGUUUAAAUGGUAAAGUUAUAUGCAGUCUUUCAGAUAAUGUUCCAUUUGAUUUAAAACCGUCAUUUCAAGAUAACAUGUACUCUGUUGUUGUAAAACAGCAUUUGGAUCGUGAAUCGGUUUCUCAUUAUGACGUCAUAAUAAAAGCUACAGACUGUGGUCAGCCUCCACUGUCCACAUUUAAAACCCUGAGUAUUGAUGUAGCUGAUGUUAAUGAUAAUUGGCCAGAGUUUUUGAAUAAUCCAGUUGAACUUUAUCUAGUAGAAAAUAACGUUCCUGGAAACACCAUAUUUUCUGUUUCUGCCUCAGACAAAGACUUGAACGAAAACGCAGCUUUAACUUACCAUAUUGUUAGAGAGGAACAUAGCCAUCAGAGGAUUGCUGCAUUUCUAAAUAUAAAUUCAGAUAAUGGACAAAUAUCAGCUCUGAAAAGUUUCGAUUUUGAAAUUCUGAAAACUUUCCAGUUCCAAGUUGUUGCCACAGAUUCUGGAACUCCAUCACUCAGCAACAACGUGACAGUCAACGUGUUCAUUCUGGAUCAAAACGACAACGCUCCAGUCAUCCUCUAUCCACUCAGCUCCAACGGCUCUGCUGAAGGUGUGGAGGAGAUUCCCCGCAAUGUCAACGCAGGACACCUGGUGACUAAAGUCAGAGCCUAUGACGCUGAUAUAGGAUAUAACGGCUGGCUGUUGUUCUCACUGCAGGAAGUCACUGACCACAGUCUGUUUGGUUUGGACCGCUACACAGGACAGAUCAGGACACUUCGUUCAUUCACAGAGACAGACGAGGCUGAACAUAAACUGGUCAUAUUGGUCAAAGACAAUGGCAAUGUCUCACUGUCAGCAACAGCGACUGUGAUUGUCAAACUUGUGGAGCCCAAAGAGGCCUUUGCAGCUUCUGACGUGAAAAGUGCAACAAAAGUGGAGGAAGAGGACAAUGUUACAUUUUACCUGAUGAUAACUCUGGGAGCUGUGUCUACACUUUUUGUUUUCAGUAUCAUUGUGCUGAUUGCAAUGCAGUGCUCCAAAUCCACGGACUACACUUCGAAAUAUCUACAAGAAACUAAUUAUGAUGGGACACUGUGUCACAGCAUUCAGAUCGCUUCGCCUCAGAUUCGGUACACUGUUCCAGAGGAAGUGAGAAUUGGAACAGUUGUUGGAAAUGUUGCAAAGGAUCUUGGCCUUGACGUCUCCACAUUAAUCGAGCGACGAUUCCGUGUAAUCCCUGGAUCUAAGGACACUUUUUUUCAAGUAAACCAGAACAAUGGAGCUUUGCAGGUUCUUGAGAAAAUCGAUAGAGAGGAGCUGUGUCACGGUAGUGGAGCAUGCUUAAUGGAGUUAAAAAUCCUGGUGGAGAAUCCUUUGGAAAUGCACCACGUAAUUGUAGAAAUUACCGAUGUAAACAAUCAUUCUCCAACUUUUUCCGAAAAAAACCAGACGUUUGAAAUAUUUGAACAAACACAACCGGGACGGAGAUUCCAGCUGCUCAGCGCUCGUGACCCUGAUGCUGGAAUAAACUCUAUUCGGAGCUACACCAUCACGCCAAAUGAACACUUCGACCUUGAUAUCCGUGACAGUGAUGAAGACAAAACACCGUUUUUAGCGCUCAAAAAGUCCUUAGACAGAGAACAGAAAAGCAAGCACAUAUUAAUUUUGACGGCAGUUGAUGGAGGCAAACCUCCCAAAACAGGAACCCUAAAUGUUUCCAUUAUUGUUUUGGACAGUAACGACAAUCGACCAAUAUUCAGUCAAGAGAUUUAUCAAACUGAAAUACAAGAGAAUGUACCAAUUGGAACGUCAGUAUUCAAAAUAAAUGCGACGGAUGCUGAUGAAGGUGCCAAUGGUAAAAUUGAAUACAGCCUUGGAAAAACACUGAAGAAAAUAGUAUAUGAGACGUUUGAGCUAGACCAAACAACUGGAAUAAUACGAAUAAAAGGAGAAGUAGACUAUGAAGAAAACGACGUUUUUAAACUCGACGUUGAGGCGUCGGAUAACGGCACACCACCUUUAUCAGGGGAGUGCCGCCUCAUCAUAAAGGUAAAAGACGUUAAUGAUAACGCACCAGAAAUAGAAAUAACAUCAUUGUCGAACACAGUUCGUGAAGAUUCAAAGCCUGGUACUGUCAUUUCACUGCUGAGUGUGACAGACAAAGAUUCUGGUGCAAAUGGAAAAAUAAUAACGAGCAUAACUUCAGAAGUACCUUUUGAACUGAAACCGACUUAUAAGGAAAACAUAUAUUCAAUUGUAACAAAAAGAUUAUUAGAUCGAGAGGAAAUGCCACAAUAUGAAAUAAGUAUAAAGGCCACUGACUGUGGAGAGAGCCAAUUAUCUGCGUCCAGAAUACUCAACAUUCAGGUAGCAGAUGUAAAUGACAACAGACCACAAUUUUGGCAGAAUCCAUUACACUUCUACCUGUCAGAAAACAACGCAGCGGGAAAGUCAAUAUUUUCUGUCAGUGCAACAGACAAAGAUAUUAACGAAAAUGCAGUUAUUUUAUACCACAUUGUCAGAGUAGGAGGUGAACAAGGCAGAUCGUCUUACAUAAAUGUCAAUUCAGAAAAUGGUGAAAUAUCCGCCCAGAAAAGUUUUGACUUUGAGACUCUGAAAACUUUCCAGUUCCAAGUUGUUGCCACAGAUUCUGGAACUCCGCCACUCAGCAACAACGUGACAGUCAACGUGUUCAUUCUGGAUCAAAACGACAACGUUCCAGUCAUCCUCUAUCCACUCAGCUCCAACGGCUCUGCUGAAGGUGUGGAGGAGAUUCCCCGCAAUGUCAACGCAGGACACCUGGUGACUAAAGUCAGAGCCUAUGAUGCUGAUAUAGGAUAUAACGGCUGGCUGUUGUUCUCACUGCAGGAAGUUACUGACCACAGUCUCUUUGGUUUGGACCGCUACACAGGACAGAUCAGGACACUUCGUUCAUUCACAGAGACAGACGAGGCUGAACAUAAACUGGUCAUCCUGGUCAAAGACAAUGGGAAUGUCUCACUGUCAGCAACAGCGACUGUGAUUGUCAAACUUGUGGAGCCCAAAGAGGCCUUUGCAGCUUCUGAUGUGAAAAGUGCAGCAAAAGUAGAUGAGGAGGACAAUGUUACAUUUUAUCUGAUGAUAACUCUGGGAGCUGUAUCUACACUUUUUCUGAUCAGCAUCAUUGUGCUGAUCGCAAUGCAGUGCUCCAAAUCCACGGACUACACUUCUAAAUAUCUGCAAGAAACUAAUUAUGAUGGAACACUGUGUCACAGCAUUCAGUACAGAUCUGGAGAUAAACGAUAUAUGCUAGUUGGGCCCAGAAUGAGUGUUGGAUCUACAAUUGUUCCUGGCAGUCACGCAAAUACACUGGUGCUCCCAGCCAGGAGGAGGGUAUCUGAAGAGAAAUGGCUCUGCCCCUUCUAUGGAGAAUAUGUUCAGGGCGACGGAAAGGACGCAGUACACGAUCAGAAGCACGAGCAGAAAGAGCCGAUGCCGGGAUUUGCACAGGGCAUGUCGCAUGAGGACUACAUUUCAAAUCUUUAUGCCUCAGCAUACGACAAUUUAGGUCAGAACACGUAA